UAUCUGAUGUUUUUCUUGAGCGUUCAGAAUGUUGGAUCAGCCAUGGCUGAUGUUUUCAUAGAUGCCAUGAUAGCUGAGGCACUAAGAGCUGAGAAGUAAGACUCUCUGUGAAGAUUAUAGUUGAAUUCUUAUUCACUAGUUGAGUUUUCCUUUCUGAUUGGUUUAUCAGAGCCUCGCUUAGUGAUCUUCAGUCUGUUUCAGGGUGUGCUGUGACUGUUGGUGGAAUAUGCGGUAGUUUAUUAGGAGGCUAUGCGUUGAACAAUUUAAAGAUGGAAACAAUCUGCCUCCUCUUCACGGUACUACCUGCGUUACAACUACUGUCAAGUAUUUUUAAUACGAUGCCCUUGAUAAAACAUUAAAAAUAAAAUUGUUUUAUUUCCCUUUAUUAUAAAGUAAUUAUUAUUAAAUCUGUAUAAGUUUCAAUACAAUUUUGCAUCUUUUAGUCUAAAAUAUUGUAUUAUUUUAUUUUAAAUAUAUUAUAUUUAUUUAGGUUGUUUGACGUAAUUGUUUAAAUAAUUUUUUUUUUUUGUAAAUUGAAUAUUUUGAAUAAAUCAUUUUAUUAUUGAUAACUUAGUAAUCAACCAACCUAAAAUUGAUUCUUAUUCAAAACUACUGUCCAAAUAAACGAACAAUAUAAUAUACUGUAUGUUGUAACUCCAAUUGAACCUCGAUGUUGACUUUAGUAUCUGAUUAGUUUUAAUGCAGCGAGUGUGGUUGUAAUUGAAUGUUAUUUCAAGUAUUACUAGGGGGUGUCCGCGAUUUAUGCGGAAUAUUGUUUUAUUAUUGUUAAGAGCAUGAAUUUUUUUUGGAUAAUGUAAUUAUGUUGUCGUUUUUAUUUGUUAAAAUCAUUAUUUGAUAUUUUUAGUGUGUUAUGUAGUAGGUGAUAAGUUAAUAUAUUUUGCGUUUGUUUUUUUUUUAUUAAUGUGUUGUUGUGUGUAUAGUACUUGUUAGUAGUCAAAUGAGCCUUUAACGUAAACUAAUAUUGAAUUUCAAUAACUUUGCAUCUACGCAUUUGUUGAUUCUAAGAUUAACGGUUUCAUCGUCAAAAUUGUAUUAUAUUUUUUUCAUAUUUUUGAAAAUUAUAAUUUUAAGAUGUUUUUUGCCUUCUCCCCAUAUUUUAAACUUGAGCCCUCACCGUCAAUGUAUUUCGUUACAUUUCUGGUGUGCGAUGCUUUUCACCAUCACCGGAAAAAGACUCACAUUUUUCUCUUGUUCUUCCUUGCCUUCUUCACCUAUGAGAUUAUAUGGUAUUUGUUGCAGAUCGGGUUUAUGAGUUUUCAGUUGUUCGGUUGCUUCCCACAGCAUUAUAGGCUGUUCCAGUCAAUAUUGACUGCUCCUCUUCUUCCUUAGAUUUCAGGUGAUGUUAGGAACUGCAUCUCCUUGGUUGGAUUAGAGUUUAUUCGUCUUUGAUUUUGUAUUCCUCGUCGUUGGCUUACCGUCAAUAGUCUCUGCUCGUUUUGGUUUUCAAGAUCUAGUUUUUGGUGUUAUGACUUCUAUGCUCUCUUUCAUAGCUCGAGGACGGCUCCAUAGUUUUCUGAUUUCGCUCCAUCUCCCUUUCCCUCCCUAUUCUUGCAUCUGUUUGCAGCUUUCAUCGCAUCUCUGGUGGCUCUCCCUUACACCAUGUUUGCCACUCGAGAUUUGGAUAAUGUUUUUGUUCGUGUAUGCUAUGUAGGCUUGGAAAGUUAUUUUUGGUCUCAAGUUUAGUCUCUAAUUUUUUGGUGUUUGUCUUCCAUUCUCCCUCUCUCAAGUUUUUUCUUUUCUUUCCAUGUUUUUCUUGGUAUAGGUGUGCGGAGUUAGUCUCUUGGAGCUUUGGUCCCUUCUAUCCAGAGCUUUGUGGUUUUUCACUUGCAUGUCGUCUUGUAUGUUCUUGUUUAGUUUGUGAGGUGUUUCAUACUUUUUAGCUACUGGUUUUUAUUCCGGUGUUUUAGGCAUAUAUUUUCCUGCUUUUUGGUGACUUUGGCUUUUCAAUUAUUAUUCUCCCUUUGGCCCGUUUUCUUAGUUUAUGCGUUGGUUGUCUAGUUUCUUAUUCUUAAUUUGAUUAUCUUAUGAUACUAAUAGUGAAAUAAAUAUAAUUUGUAAAUCAAAUAAUAAAAAUUAGUAAAAAUAAUAAAAUGAUGAAAAGUCUUACUAUUUUUAGGUGUGAAUAAAUUAAAUAUUUAAAAUAUAUUUAUAUUAUUUUAUUUAUUUCUUGAAUUUUAGAGACCAAUAAGUGUGAGAAAGAUUAGAUAAUACACAAUUAGAAAUUGAUGGAGAAAUUUGCAAUAAUUUAAGAGAAGAAGAAUUUAAAUACAAAAAAAAACAUGAGGACACAUGUCAACAAACCCCCCUUCCACAUGUCAUAAGAAGAGAAAAAGCCAACUUUAUAUAUAUAGAUUAGUCAUUAAACGAUAUGUAAGACUGAUACUUAGUUAGAAAUGAGUACAUAUUUAAAAUACUUAUAUAUAGAUUAGUCAUUAAACGAUAUGUAAGACUGAUACUUAGUUAGAAAUGAGUACAUAUUUAAAAUACUUAUGACUGAUUACAUAUAAGAUAAUGUAGCAGUUAAAUAAUUUAUCAAUAUUAAAAUCAUACUAUUAUGAUAAUAUAUAAAAUUAGUCAUUUAAUAUGAUUAAUAACAAUCUUAUGUUUAUCUUUUACUUUUAUUUUUAUUUUUAUUAGAUGAAAGAUAAUUUCAAUGAAAUUGUGAACAUUUAUAUUAACAUUUUAAAAUAUAUUAUGUUUGAUAUAUAUAUAUGUAUAUAUUUUAUAUAUGUAUAUAUUUUAUAUAUGUAUAUACAUUAGUGUCUAAAAAAUUAUAGUGAAUAUUUUUGGUUUAUAGUUUUAAUAUAAAUUAUGAUAGUUUUAGUGGAUAUAAAUUAAAAUAUGAAAUGUUUUGUAUUUUGUAUUUAUAAAUUUUGGUUUUAAAUUUCUUCAUGAUAUUUAAAAUAUUAAAAAAAAAUUAUUAUUAUUUAUAUUUAAUUGCUUUUUAACUUUUAACUGCAAACGUUAACUUAAGCUAAUUUUUUAUUUUGAAAUUUUUUAAACAAUUUGAAGUGGUUUUCAAUCUUUUGUGAUUAUUGUAAACGUCAACAACCACUACGAUUCACAAUAGAUUACUACGAUAAAAUUGUCAAACCCUUUAAUAAUCUUGUCUACUAAGAAAAUUGUUUACCACUCCAAAUUUGGUACAAAAUCCAUAUAUUUACCAUUCGUUGACUCUACAGAUUGAGGUGUUUGUUUGUCUCAUUUAAAAUGAUUCUUAGUCAAAGUUAAUUCCUAACUAAUAUAAUAAAGAGAAUAAAUUGUAUGUAAUAAUUCCUCUUAAAUUUUUAUUGAAAAAAAUAUUUAGUCCUAUUCAACUUUCCAUUCCAAAUUAAUCUUUAUAUACUAAGAAUAUCCAGCAAUUAUGACGACAUCAUCAUAUAGUUUACCAUUCGUUGAAUCUAAAGAUUCUUAAAGAUUUGACCCCUUUUUUUCUUGUUUCGGUUCCUUCAUGCAUAGAUGACAGAUUUAUUAACAUUAUUAGCAAAUAGUGCAAAUUUGCAAAGCUCCUAAAAACAAAUGGAUGUCAAAUUAUAUGUGUUCACUAUUAAAUAUUUUGAUAAAUAACAGUUUCCUUUUAAAAUACGUAUUUUUAAAGAUAAAUAACAUUUUUCAAAAUUUGUAAUCAAUCAUUUAAAAUUAUUCUUAAUCAAAAAUUAUUUUUAAAAUAAUAUAAUAGAUGAUUUCCAUUCAACUUGUUGAUUUUAAAGACUGCAUCAUAGUGGGCAACAAGAGAAGACUGCAUUAGUUGUGAUAAAACCUCAAAAUUAUUCUAGGUGUUCGAAUAAUGCCAAAGAGGCAUUACCAACUAAACAUGGCGAAGGGUUCAUAGUUAAAAAGUUUAUUUAAUUAAUAAUUUUUCAUUGAUUUAUGAAAAAAAAAUAACAAGAAAAAAUUUAUGAAAAUUAGAAUUGAAAAUCUAUAGUUCAGGUCAUGCAAACAAUUGUUGACUUAGGAGGUCAAAGAUAGGUUUCUAUAUUCAAAAAAUACCACUUAUAGAAGUUUUGUUCUGGAGACACCUCUCAGAUCAUGACUAGAUUCACAGAACCCUAUCAUGCAACCUAUCAAGAGUGUAUAUAUAAGCACUCUGUAGCGUCUAACAUAUCCGAUACAAAUCCGCAAACACCUCUUUUCUUUCAAAAUUCUCCACUUUCUCUUGAUUACCACAAUGGAUUCGAGUGAUCAAGCAGACAGAAUAUCAAAUCUACCAGAUGUUCUUUUGGUCCUCAUAGUUUCAUGCUUGUCAUUCAAGGAAUGUGUUCAAACAUGUGCCCUCUCCAAGCGAUGGAGAUCUGUCUACCUUGAGACGAGGAAUGUUUCUUUCAAGGAAACCGACUUCUUUAGCCCUUCUGUCAACGCAAAUCCCAUAAGAAAUGCUUUGGGUAGGAUUGUGUUCGUUGAUUACGUGCGUCGUUGGGUCGCUAGAAUCCAUGACCAACCCAUCGACACGUUCGAGAUCUCUAUCUCGUAUCCAAAGACUUACUUGGAUGUGAUCGAGUCACUGAUAGCGUUCGCGGUCCGAAAAAGGGUCAAGAACUUGGUUCUUGAUUUCUCAAACCCGGCAUGGAGAACCUUUCACGAUGUAAACCUUGAUGAGUUGGUUGUUGAAAUCCCACAAAGCGUCUAUGAUCUAGCGACUCUUGAGUCGUUGAAAGUUGGCGCGUGCAAGAAGUUUGACCCUGCAAAAUUAUCAAACCUAGAGAAGCUCAAAACCGUCUCUUUCGGCUGGAUGGAACUGACAGAUCCUGAACCUUUGCUAAAGACUUCAAGGGUUGAGAGUUUAACUAUCAAUGACUGCUGGGAACUUGAUUUCAAUACGAUAAAAGGGAAUAUGAGAGAAGUUGCAAUCAUAAACUGCGACUUUCUCCUUAACUGCAUCUUUGAUCUCCCUAGAGUUGACAUACUCAAGUACUCGGGAGAUCUUUUCCCCUUCGAAUUCGAUAACAUGAAUACCAUAAUAAGCGAAGUUGAUUUUGAUUUUCGGGUGUUGGACAAUAACAAUGAUGAAUCAAACGAUUCCAACGCAGAAGGAGGAAUGCUUUGUCAUCUCCUUAAUAAUCUCCUUGAUUAUGGUGGUCGAUCUGCUACGACCUUAACGGUUUGUCCGUUUCUACUCAAGGUAUGUCUUUAGAUUUACAUUACAUUUUCACACAUUAGGUCAUUCAGUAUAGGUUCAUUUUAAUUCAUGGUUCUUUGAAUUUUUUUGAAUACUUUGGCAUGUGGUAGUAAUUGUACCUAGUGAAAAUAAAAUAUGUUGAAUAUUUAGAUGUUGUAUAAACAGAUUAGAUAUUAGUAGUUUUUGAAAUUUAUUAGGUUAAGUGUGUGUGUGUCACAGUGUUUUCGAAAUAUAGUGUUGAGAUUUUUUGUAGAAAUGAUAUUUUGAGAAAAAAAAACAAUGAGAUUUUUUCUGUUAAAUAUAAAAUAGUUUUUAUUAAUUUUUUGUUGAUAGUUUCUAUAUAUUAUAUUUUAAAAAGUAACAAUUCCUAUACAACAAAAAAAUUCGUUUUUAAUUAAAAUCUCACAUAAGUUAUUUUUUUUGUUUUUGUUCAUAAAUGAUCAAACAAAAUUGAAACUACUUUUCCUAAAUUUUAGGAAAUCUAUUUAUUAAUAAUUAGGUUGGCUAAUAAAGUGUUUAAAAAAAAAUUAAAGCCAAAAUCUGAAUCUUGAAUAGUUUAAAACGUGUUUUUGAAAACCUAAAACCCAAAUAUGUUUUAGAAUCUAUAAAAUAAGAAAUGCAUAUAUUUUGUUUACAUAGGAGACAAUAUUUCUUUCCAUAGGGUUAAUUAAAGUAAUUUCUUAGUGAACAAAGUGCUAUACCUAAAAGUUUAGCGUUAAAUUGUUGUAUAUAUUGACUGUUUAGAAUAAAAUAGUGACAUAUUGAAUUUUUUUUUUCUUAUGUAAGAUGAUUCCAAGAUCUGAGCAUCCACAUUUUCUUCGCCCGAUGGAAACAAAACAUUUAGUGCUGAAGACGGAAUUGCAUCCGAGAGAGUUUAAUGGAAUUAGGCUUCUUCUCAUGAAUUGCCCAAAAUUGGAAACACUCACAAUAGAUUUGCUUCCUCCAAGCCCCAUUGCGGUAAGUUUUCUGAAUGUGAAUAAUAUAUACCCUCAAAUAUGAAUUAUAUGUUCCAAUAUAUAUAUAUCCCCUUAUAUAUUAUUUGUGAAACAUUACA